CUUUCCGUCUCCUCCCCUCUCACGCCAUUUUCCCAAUCCGCCAUUGUUGCGAGAACAACCUUCUUCACUCACUCCCUCUCCGUGAAAAGCGCCAUUCUUCAAACACGGACCAGAUUUUUCUCUACUCUCUUCUUCUUCCUUGAUUUUUUCUUCCGCUUGUUGACCAUGAGCUGGGACGUCACCGGCGGCAGGGGAGGCGGCGGAGGAGGGGGCCGAGGUCGUCUGCCUAGUGGCAACUACGUCCUUCCGCACCUCCGAAACGGUCCGGUUGCGAAUCCCUACAAUGCUACCUACGGCUAUUCGCCUUAUUCAGCAGUUUACAAUGCUCCUUCUCCUGUGUACGGUCAGUACGGCGGCGGCGGUGGGUAUGUACUCGGCCAGCAGGAUUUCUCCCCUCGCGGCCGUGGCCGCCGCGGUAGAGGAAGAGGCGGUGGAGGACGCGGUCAGCGGCUGGGAGAGUACGGAUCAUCCUCUUCGUCGUCGUUUGCUGAUGCGAUUGCGGAGAAAUUCGACGAGCUGGAGGUGCUCGACGAGGAGGAAGCCGACGGGGGAGGAGGGGGAAUCAACUUCGAAGCUUACAACGACAUCCCGGUGAAGGCGACGGGGUCCGAGGUGCCUCCGCCGGUGGAGAGGUUCGACGAGAUCGAUUUGGGGGAAGGCCUGAUGCAGAACAUCCAGAGGUGCAAGUACGUGAAGCCGACUCCGAUCCAGAAGCACGCCAUCCCCAUUGCGGUCGCCGGGCGGGACCUGAUGGCCUGCGCUCAAACUGGGUCUGGCAAAACCGCCGCGUUCUGCUUCCCGAUCAUUUCGACGAUUUUGAAGAACGGGUUGAAUUCGGGUCAGUCGGGUCGGGGUGGGACCCGGAUGAUGGCCCAGCCAUCUGCUCUUAUAUUGUCCCCUACCAGGGAAUUGUCCUGUCAGAUUCACGAGGAGGCCAAGAAGUUUGCCUUCAAGACUGGAGUGAAGAUCGUUGUUGCUUAUGGAGGCGCACCGAUUCAACAGCAGUGUGGUGAAAUGGGUUCAAGGUUGUGUUCGUGUGAGAUGUUGUUCUUUUCACUGUGGGUGCAGCUUUACAAUUUGGAGAAGGGUGUUGACAUCUUGGUGGCAACACCAGGACGUUUAGCUGACAUGAUUGAUAGAGGCAGACUGUCUCUUAAGAUGAUCAAACACCUGGCUUUAGAUGAAGCCGAUAGAAUGCUUGAUAUGGGAUUUGAGCCUCAGAUCAGGAAGAUAGUUCAGCAGAUGGGGAUGCCUCCACCUGGUCAAAGGCAGACUAUGCUCUUCAGUGCAACAUUCCCUGAUGAGAUACAGAGACUUGCAUCCGAUUUUCUCAACGAUUACAUCUUUCUAUCCGUUGGGAGAGUUGGUUCCAGUACUGGGUUGAUCUCUCAAAAGGUCGAGCUUGUUCAGGAUAUGGAUAAGAGGUCACUCGUCAUGAAACUCCUCCAUGGCCAGAAGACAAACGGCAAGCGCGAUUUGACACUGGUGUUUACUGAGACAAAGAAAGGAGCAGAUGCCUUGGAGUACUACCUGUGCAAGAGUGGCCUUCCAGCCAUAGCCAUUCAUGGCGACAAAGUCCAAAUGGAGAGGGAAAGGGCUUUGAGAUCAUUCAAAGCCGGCGUUACUCCAAUCCUGGUCGCAACCGACGUGGCAUCAAGAGGCCUGGACAUCCCCAACGUCUCCCACGUCAUCAACUUCGACAUGCCAAAGGACAUAGACGACUACGUGCACCGAAUCGGCCGAACAGGGCGAGCCGGGAAGUCGGGAUUGGCAACAGCAUUCUUCAGCGAGCAGAACAUGUCACUGGCGAAGCCAUUGGUUGAGCUCAUGAAGGAGUCGAACCAAGAGGUCCCUCCUUGGCUGAGCGAAUACGCCAAGAACUCCUCGAACACCUACACAGGCGGCGGCCGAUACAGACGAUAUGGCGGUGGUGGUGGGAGCAGACAUGGUGGAUAUGACUUCCGCAAUGACUAUUCCGGCGGUGGAUAUGGCGGGGGAAGCUAUGGUGGUUACGAGUCAGGUUCUUACUAUGGAGAGAACGGUUAUGGAGGUUACAUCGCUCCGCCUGCUGGUUCUGGUGCCGGCGGUGGUGGUGGUGGAUACGAGCUUGGGACUGAAGCUGUGGUGGCGAGUGGCUGGGAUAUGUAGAAGAUGGUAAGAGUGGGGGUUUUACCGUUUUACUAUCAUUAGUUACUAUCUAUAAUUAGGCGAGAACGAAACGAUGAAAAGAGGCUCCUUUGAGAAGCUACACUUAACUUUUGUUAUGAGGGAUUUCGAUGUGUUUUGAAAAGGCUUCUGGAGCUUUGUAGGGCAAUUAAACAGGUGAAAUUAUUGGUGGGGGAUUAGUGCCCUGUUUAGGGGUUGGUACACAAGCUUUUUGGUUGCUGAUUUUGUUAAAUCUAGUUCUUGUUCCCUCACAUUUUCUGGGUUUGUAGUUUGUUUUUGGGUUGGUUGGUUGUGUUUGUGACUGAUGUUCCUGAUGGUUAGGGUUAUGAUGACUAGUGUUAAAGGUUCUUUAAGAGUUAAACCAGGUUUAGUUAAUGAAAUUGAACACCAUAGUUUGGGGCAUUUUAGAUUGCUUGACAUUCAUCAUUCAAGGGCAAGUUGUGGAUAUAACAAAUGGCAGAUGCAAUGAUUUAGACUAUUUUCAAC